UGCUCCUUUGCCCGUCAUGUUCAGGCCGCAUCCAGAAGAGACGAUGCAUCUCCGGCUCCAUCGAGCCCGGUCCGUGGUCUUGACGUCUGAAGAACUCGUCGAGAUCCGCGCUGCCCAGCGCACCUUCGAAGGCGCCUACAUGCGCACCGCCCUCGGCCUCUUCUCCUUCUCCCUCGUCAUCCUCAAGGUCUUCACCGAGGAGUUCUACGGCAUCGGCGCCCUCUUCGCCGCCUUUGGCACCGCCAUCCUGCUCGUCGCCAUGUACCGCCGCUACCAGGGCAACCGCCAGUUCUUCGUCGACAACGACGACGACGGCGACGGCAUGCCGCGGCGCAAGUUCCGGACCAGCGGCGACACGGUCGUGCUCUUGACGGUGCUGAGUCUCUGUGCGUAUGCGACGCUGCUGGCGCUUACGUGGAGGCUUCAGGCCAUGUGA